AAGAAAUUUGCAAAAUUUUUGUUUUCACAUGUGGGAUUAUGUGGUAUGGUGGUGUUAUAUUGUGUAGCUGGAGGCUUUAUUUUCGAGCAUUUAGAGAAAAAUAACGAACAAAUGAUUUGCUAUGAAUCCAGAAGCGAAUACAAUCCCAUGGAGAACAAAACCAUCGAAAGUAUACUCAAAAUCUUCAACGAUUAUGGAUUUCCAACCGAGAACAACAGAGCUUUAAUGGAAGUACAAGUUAAAAGCGUCUUGGAAACGUUCAGGAAUAACACUCUUGCUAUUGGUUAUGAUGGGAGAGUUUGCGGAACUUAUGGCGAACCAGGUGGUCCUGUCUACGCUUGGUCAUGGGCUGGCUCUGUAAUGUUUUCAGUUACUGUGAUAUCCACGAUAGGAUUUGGACACAUCGCACCAAAAACGGUAUGGGGUCGAUUAGUCUGUAUUGCAUAUGCUGUUCUUGGAAUCCCUCUUAUGUUGUUGUGUUUGGCAAAUAUCGGCGACGUCCUAGCUGACAUAUUUAGAUUCAUUUAUGCCAAGAUCUGCUAUACCAAUGAUACCACCAAAUUAAAAUUAUCAUCACGAUCACCCAGUCCUUUGGCUAAAUCCAGUGUGAAAAUCGUUCCAUUAGAUGUAAAAACGAUGAAUCGACCUGACCCUAUGAUUCUCGACGAUGAUAGCGAUGAUGACGAUGAUGAUUUGGAUGAAAAGAAAAUCACUGUACCACUUACCAUUACUAUGAUUGUAAUUGGUGGCUACAUAUUCGGCGGUGCAGUAUUGUUUGCCUUAUGGGAAGGAUGGGAUUGGCUACAGUCUGGUUAUUUCUGUUUUAUUACUCUCAGUACCAUUGGCUUCGGUGAUGUUGUGCCCGGAACAGAUUUCGACAAUCCACAAUCACAAGCUCAACUACUACUUGGCGCCGUAUAUGUCCUGUUCGGUAUGGCUAUAUUAUCUAUGUGUUUCUCACUUAUGCAGGAUGAAAUAAUAGCGAAAUGCAGAUGGGUUGGACAAAAACUG